UUCCAAUCCAAUUAGUAUUUAAUGGCUUCGAGUAUAAUUAAGUUUAACAUUGUUUCAACGCAAAAACUUGUCAGGUACUGAAUGUGUAUUGUACCUGAGACAUGUGUGGAUGACUGCUUAAUAGUUAACAAAAGGUGGGUUCGAAAACAAAUUUAUUAAACAAAAUGAAGAUUUCCAAGUUGGAUUUUAACAAGAUAAACGACCCGGGUAACAGAUUUGUGCUGAAAAACUGCUUCCAGUGUGGUGUGUUUGGAAAAAUUUACGUUGGAAAUGAUAAUAAUUCAAACAGGAAAGUAGCAGUUAAAGUGCAAAAAAUUACAGAGGAUAACAAGAAGUUUAUAGAAAGAGAAUACUCAGUUCUUAAGGACUUUUCGGCAAACCUUAAUAUCAUUGAUUUCUAUGGUGUCUAUAAAAAAUCAAACGAAAUAUGGAUGGUUCUUGAGUACUGUGAAGGUGGAGCCGUAAUAGAUUUGGUUAAUGGGUUAAUCAAGAGAAAUCGUAGAAUGACAGAAGAACAUAUUGCUCACGUGUUGAAGGAAACAAUAAAAGCAUUAAUUUUUCUACAUGACAACAAUGUCAUCCACAGAGAUAUUAAAGCAAGAAACAUCCUUCUUACAAAAGAAGGGGACGUUAAGUUGGCUGACUUCGGACUAUGUCAUUACCUAAAAGACGUCUCCGACCAAACCAACACCACAAUAGGUUCGCCAUGUUGGAUGGCUCCUGAGGUGGUAAGAGGUAGCUAUGGUGAUUACUAUGGACUUAGAGCCGAUGUUUGGUCAUUGGGAAUAACCGCUAUAGAGUUGGGAGAUGGAAAAGCUCCAUUUCAAGACAUGCAUCCUACUAGAGCUUUGUUCCAGAUCGUUAGAAACCCUCCUCCAACAUUGUACCGACCAUCCAAUUGGUCGCAGAAUUAUAAUGACUUCAUUAAUGAGUGUUUAGUGAAAAAUCAGGAGCAUAGACCGUAUAUUAUGGAGGUUAUUGAACACCCUUUCUUGGAAGAAAUCCCAGAUAAUUGUUUCCAUCUUUCCCUUGAGUUAAAAUCCAUCAUAAAAGAUAUUGGUAUGACUUCAAAUAAUGACACGCAAGACUAUAACAUUCUAGGAGACAAGUUGAAGAGGAGUAUUGAUGAUCCUUUGGAAAAUAUGGAAGUUGAAGACUUGGCAGCUUUGGAUAAAAUAAAUGAAUCCGUUAUUUUGGAUCAGUUAGAAGCUAGAAUGAGAAAGGGACAAGUACAUACUUUCAUUGGGGAUGUUUUACUUAUUAUAAAUCCAAAUGAGAAGUACGAUAUAUAUGGACCCAAGUUUCACAAAAAAUAUGCGAUAAAAUCAAGAUCCGAAAAUCAACCCCACAUAUACGCAGUUGCCGAUAACGCUUAUCAAAACGCCAUGCAUCAAAUACUGCCCCAAAACAUCAUUCUUACAGGAGAAUCAGCGUCCGGAAAAACCCGCAAUUAUCUACAUUUGGUAGAUCACUUGAUUCAUCUGGGCAAAACCGAAAAUAUUAAUUCAGGUAGAAUCCUGAAGGCGGUGAAAUUGAUCCAUGCGUUAACCCACGCGGCUACCCCUUUUAAUAAGUAUUCUACUAGGUGUGUAAUGAAGACCGAGUUGUCUUUUAGUGGUGCUGGAAAGAUAACUGGAGGAAAAUUUAAGGUUGAAGGGUUGGAAAAGUGGAGAAUAUCAUGCGUCGAUAUGUUUCAAGGCAAUUUCCACAUGUUAUACUACGUGUUCGACGGUCUCAAACAUACCGGCAAACUAAGUGAAUAUAACCUGGACUUCGAUGUAGACUAUCGUUAUCUUAGACUCUCAGAUGAUACUCCUAAAGACACCUCAGCUAACGUAGACAAAUUUAAGAAAAUAUUUGCUUACUUAGAAGAGUUUGAUUUUACUGCAGAACAAAUAGACACAAUCCUUAAAAUAUGUUCAGCAGUUUUAAUUUUGGGCGAAGUAAGAUUCCUACAAACGGGAGAUAAUAUUGCCACACUAGAAAGUGAUGAUUCGGUUAAAAAAGUUGCAGAUCUGCUUAAUUUGGAGUCGAAAAAACUUACCUGGGCACUUACUAACUAUGUUGUUUCAAAAAAUCGAUCGGUUGUUAGAAGGAAAAAUACUUCUGAAGAAGCAAGAGACUCAAGAGAUGUGCUUGCUAAUACUAUAUAUCAAAGAUUGGUAGAUUAUAUUGUCGAGGUUAUUAAUCAGAAAUUGGAAAUUGGAAAAGCUAUUUUUGGAGAUAAAUAUAGCGUAAGGCUUUUGGACUACUUUGGUUUUGAAUGUUUUAAACAAAACCACCUUCCUCAGCUCUUCAUCAACUGUCUAAACGAGCAAAUUCAGUACCAUUACCUCCAAAGAUCUUUCUCCUGGGAGGUCAUGGACACAAAAGGCGAAAAUAUACCAUACGAAACCAUAAAUUUCUAUGACAACAAACAAACUUUAGAUCAAAUAAUGCAAAAACCUGCAGGUGUUAUAAAUUUAAUCGACCAAACCUCACGUAUGGGCUUCAAGGGGAAAUACAUCUUGGAGUCCAUAGAAAAACAGAGUUCUCAAAGACUGGGGGUAAAAAAUAGUAACGAAUUUUCGGUGGCUCAUUACACAGGGAAAGUGACAUAUGAUGUAAGGGAAAUGCCUUGCAAGAAUCGCGAUUUUUUACCACCUGAAAUAAUUGAAACAUUAAGACUAUCUCAGAAUGAAAUCGUACAGCAAUUAUUUACCUGGAAGUUGGAUAAAACGGGAAAUUUAUUGGCUUUCCAGGAAAACAAGAAAUCUCAAACUAGAUUCUCCUUUAGAGGUUCCAAGCGUGAUAUAGACUACUCCCAAAUCAAACGAAUGAGGACUGCAUCCACAGUAUUUCGUUCUAUAAGCUUGCAGUUACUUAAAGAUCUCUCCAGUAAUGUUGGCACAUACUUUGUUAGAUGUGUACAAUCUAAUAUUAAAGGACGACCGAAUAAUUUCCAAAGGGAAAUGGUGAGGCAGCAAAUCAGAGCCUUGGCAGUUGUAGAAACAGCAGUAGCUAAGCAGUGUGGAUAUACUUAUAGGAUGUCUUUUGCAGAGUUUUUGAGAAGGUAUAAAUUUUUGGCCUUUGAUUUUGAUGAAAACGUUGAUAUUACCAAGGAAAAUUGUCGACUACUUCUCAUAAGAUUAAACCUUGAAGGCUGGGAGCUUGGUAACUCAAAAGUGUUUCUUAAAUACUACAAUGAGGAGUACUUGUCCAGAUUAUAUGAAACUCAUGUGAGAAAAAUUGUUAAGAUACAAAGUAUUUUAAGAGGUUUUUUGGUAAAGUGCAAAAAUAAGAAAAUGCUUAAAGAGAAGGAAGGAGACACAAUGUUCAAUGCCGCAAGGCGUAUGAGUGUAAUGACGGAAGAUGUGGCCGCUGUAAUAAUCCAACAGGCUUACAGAAAAAAGGUCGAAACCAACGAAAAACUGGGUGAAUUUAAAAAUAUGGACAAUAAAACCAAAGAAUUUAUAGAACCGUUCGCCAAAAAGUGGAGAAAUAAAAGUAUCUUUCAAGUUUUGAUGAGAUAUAGAGCUGCGAAAAUACACGACCUAUUUAACUUUUCCCAACAAGUGCAUUUAUUCAAUCUGAAUGCUUACCAUAACCUAACCAAAAUAAAUAAUGCUGUUGACACCGAUGAAGUGGAUACAUCUGCAAACGUACACAAGUGGUUGGGUAAAGUUAAACUUUGCGCAUGGAAACUAAAUUUUCAUCUAAAUGAUAUACCCUUUUAUGACACAUCGAAUAUGUAUGAUGAACUUACUAACUCUGGUGUGUCAGCAGAAAAGGAAGAAUCGUGGGACACUCCUUACAGACAAAGAAAGUUAGUGAUGUCGACUUCAGAGGAUUCGGAAGAAACGCCAUCUUGUUCAAAAACCAACGCAGAUCCCUUGAUAUAUCUAGCAUACAAUAGGGACCCAGAGGAAAAAUUAAACUGUCUACCAGAAUCCAUAGACGAAUUGAGCUCUAACAAAUUCCAAAAGUCAAAUACUAAGACCAUGGGUAAACCAACAAGAAUGGAUAGAGCUCAAGGCAAGACCAACGAAAUGAAUAAAGUGAACAUGGUUAGAGAGACUGAAUAUAGAAAAGAAAACACCUCAAAUCAUUAUAAUACCAAACCUGCGAAUAAAGACUUUGACUACAUAAAACCUACGCCUGUCAAUAGGCCUAAAGUAAGCCCCAUAGACGAGUUAAAGGACUUUGGAAGGAGAGAUAGUAGUGCAUCCGAUGACCCGCCGUUUAACUUUCAGGGAAUGUUGCGGAAGACCAACUUUCGAAAGGAUUCCGUUAAAGAUAAGGUUAUUGAUAGUGUAAGGAGGUUUUCAUUGAAAAAAUCUGAGCCCAUUUUUGUCAAUAGGAAUGGUAUAAAUAUUAAUGAGAAAGCUGAGUUUAAAGAAGUUUCAGAAGAGCUUCUACCAGGGAUGUAUAUUAAGGGUUAUUCAAUAGAUGUAUAAUUUAAAUAAAUAUAUAUUGUAUCAAUAAUAAUGUUAUACUAUAAAAAACUUUCAUCUUCAUCUUCGCUGUUUUCCUUUUUUGAUUUGUAAUGUGGAUUUACGUGGGAGGUAACCACAUUUUUGUAUAAAGGGUUUUUAUUUGCCCAGUAUGCUCCUCUACUGCUCUCCUCAAAUUUUGCGUACUCCCUUCUAUCGUUUACAGUGGUUGCUAUUUUCCAUGAUACUAAACCCACCAAUGCAGCUAGUAACAUGCUUCCUAUGAUAAUU